CUUGGCCAGACCGGGUAGGGCGCCGGGAGACGAGCCGGAGGCGGAGGUGCUCGUGCUUGGAGAUGCCAUGCCUGCCCACAGCACUGGCGAUCGGAGGCGGGACGGGGGGGAGGGUUCUGUCUGGGCUCCAGCUGUCGGUGGCCGCGAGAAAGCCGAAACUCACACCAGCAGGAGAAGCGCAAGCAUGCUCGGCUCUGUGCGACGGGCGGGACGGUGGAGCCGUGGGCAGUGGAGGGUGGAGAGAGGAGAUCCUGUCGGGGAGGUGGAGUAUGUUGCUGCUGCUGGUGCUGUUGUUGUGGUUGUCGAGAAUGGAAUUUGUCGAGCGAGAGAAACUGCGAGAGAAGGCUGGAGAGAAGAGAAGCUAGACAAUACGAGACCCGAGCUUGCACACACGCGCGGCUUGUGGUUUGUGGCUGAUAUCCUCACCCAGCCAGGGGAAAUGGCGCCCGAUGAGAUGGAAUUACAGGCUUGUUGCAGCUGCCAGCAGCAGUGGCAGACUGGGGCGAUAAUGCAAGUAGUGGUCUGGACAAAGAAAUGGAAGAUGGAAAGAACCGUGGAAGAUUGAUGAUGGACCUAAUGUAAGCAGAUAUGUCUGUGACAAGUAAAAAAAGAAAGUCAGACUGGGCUGGCUGCUGCACCUCCAUCCCACCUGGCAUCAGUCUGCGUUUCUCGAUCGGGUCCCGAAUCACGAUGCGGGGAAGGGCGCCACAGCGCUCUCCAUAUGGCACUACCAUCUUGCAUCUUCCAUAUUCCAUCUUUCAUCUCCCAUCCUUCUUCCCCUUUCGCUUUGCAUUCCCACACACCGCCGCGGUCGUGACAGACGCCUACCCAGGUACACAUUUACUCUAUACUAGGGCCUGGAGGUACAUAGAGUCUAAAACGGCGCCCGACUGUUACCUUGGCCAAGAUUGGCCCAGUACCUCCAGGUUGAAUGCCUCCCUCCAGGUACCCAACAUAUGUUUCAGCAUGCAUCUCUGUCUGGAAAAGGGCACAAGGGGCAGCUAG